AUGUCGACCAAAACACUUCCCUAUGACAACGACCAACCUGCUUCUUUUCGUAAGAUUACGAAGAACUUAACACAGAAGUUAAAAUCGGAGUACCAAGUCAAGUCUAGGCAUCUCGCUGAGCUUAAAGAAGAAAUCAUCACCAUCAAAAAGGAAAUGCACAGAAGCUUAGGACAAGAAGGUUCAACACAAUAUCAGAUCAGAUCUGGAGUUGCCUCCCUUGCAGAAGCUGUAGAAUGGAGGAAAAGGUUGCAUCUACUGACAACACGCUUACUGAACAUACACUUGGAUGAUAGUGCUGAACAAAGAUCCUUGAAGAAGCUACAGAGGUAUAUACAGUUGUCCCUGAUGACUGGUCCCACACUGGACACAGAGGUCAACGAGAUGGUGGCGAUCGUUGCUGAUCUGAAUUUGUUACACGAAAAUCUGUGUGGAGUAAAAGAGGAAAUAGAGAAUGACAUUAAUACAGCAUUACGAGCACUGGCUAAAGCUCACCUUCAACUGCAGAGACAAGCUGAGCAUGAUCCAUCAAUUGAUGGAGACUCGACUGACUACAUGACACAUUUUGUCAAACAGCAUGUCAAUCUACGCCGACGGAAAGUGCCCUUCCGAGACCUGACCAAUCGGAUUGUCUCAUCUGAUCCACAACAUAGAGAUGGCAUCUCUAAAUCCUCCACUCGUUCUGUUAUAUCUAAUAUUGAGAGUCCUGAUAUCUCAACUUAUUCUGGGUUGUCUGGAAUUGAUGCAAACACCGGAAGACUAAAUGGUUCAACACUCUCGAAACACCGGUGAUAGUGAUACCAGAGACACCAUUGAAAAGCAGAUUGUCAGUCCACAAGGAAUGCACGGGGUGUGUAAGGAGAAUCAGCAGCUGUUGGGCGGAAGUAAUGAUUGCACGAAUUCAAACCAAAAGUACGGUCACCACAGCAAUCAAGAAGAGUAUACUACUACAGGUUUUGUGAGGGGUCACGGACAGGGAGUAAAUCAGAAUAAAAGCUUCGAGGAUACUCCCAACAAGGUUUUUCGGGAGUUUGAUUUUCGACCCAAAGUCGCUACAGGGCUUAGUAUCGGGCUCAAAUGUCGUCAUCAUGGUAGUUCUGGUGGUAAAAUAAAGCUGUCCCAUUUCAGUUCCCCAACCAAACCCGUAUGUAACAAUACCAGAAAGCAUCCUGCCCAGGAUCGUCAGCAGAAUCAGGUAUGUAACCGCGCUAUUAGAAAUCCAUUUUGCGAUAGUUCACAGAAGCCAAUCGUAGACCACGUACCAGAAAGCCAUGCUAUGGAGCCUCCUGCUAAGAUGCCAACAGAACAUGUUAUGGACAUUCCAUACAUUGACGAUGUAGCCAUGUGACUCCAGAAUUCUUAUGUGGCAAUUAAUAUUUCAACAAACAGGUAAUCAGUGUUUAGUUUUCACCAUAUUGACAUUAAUGUGUAAAUGCAGCGUACGCUUGAAACAUAGAGAGUGCAAUCGUCGCUAGGUAAACGUCCCGAAACAUACCAAGUGCCAUCUUUGUUAGGUAAAGGUGUCGAAACAUAGAGGGUGCCAUCUUCGCUAGUCGGGUCCUAAAGCAUACAGGGUGUCAUCUUCACAAGGUUAGGGCCUGAAGCAUACAGGGUGACAUCUUCGCUAGAUAAGGGUAUCGAAACAUACAGGGUGACAUCUUCGCUAGGUACGGGUGUCGAAACAUACAGGGUGCCAUCUUCGCUAGACAGGGGUCCCGCAACCUACAGGGUGUCAUCUUCGCUAGACAAGGGUCCUGAAACAUACAGGUUGUCAUCUUUGCAAAGCAGGGGUCUUGAAACAUACAGGGUGCUAUCUUCACUAGAUAAGGAUCCCGAAACAUACAUUUUAUAGGGUGUGAUCCUUGCGAAGCAAUGGUCCCGAAACAUACAGGGUGCCAUCUUCGCUAGAAAAGAGUCCCGAAACAUACAGGGUGCCAUUUUUGGUAGAUAAGGGUCCGUCCCGUGCACAUGCACUUAUUUUACCCUUGUCGGUGUUGGUCUUUACAAACAUCUAGCGGAGACUUUGAGUUAUCGUUCUUUACGAGCAAAAAACUUGAGAUGUUUACACGACUCAAAUAAUCAAGGAAAAAGGAAAACAAGUUUUAUAACAAGAGUUAUUUGAGGCGGACUAGGAAAGGAAAUCAGAUAAAAUGUUUGCAUGCUGUCUGUAUUCAACAUAUAUCGUCCUCCUCUGUUUUCUAUUUUUCAUUUACAUAUAUAUAUAUUUUUGCAGAACGCUGUGACCAUUCACGAAAAUUUGUAAAUAUAUGUAAACAGCUUGAAACGAAAUAGUACCAACAAAGGUUUCAUGUUAUACAUAACUUGAAGUAUUUUUGGUGUUUUAGAAACUGUUUGACUUGGAAAGCUGCUUGAUUCUUGUUCUCUUUGAACACUUACAUGGAUAUUUAGCUCGCCUCGCCUCUCGAAGAGAGGGGGCGCUUAUGUAUUAUCUAAUUGAUAUAUUUUGAAAAAGUCUUUUUGAUUUUUCACGAUGUUUUUGAGCUCUGAAAAUCGAUAAAACGAGGGGGAAAUAUGAUUAUGUGGAGAUCAUUGAUCAAGUACAAGGAUAAUUAGACCAUGUGUUCUGGAAGAGUAAGCGUCAUCUAAUCUUAGUGAAGUCCAUGUUAUGUCACGUACUCAAAAUGUGAACCAAGAUAAUCAAAUAAUGAUAUAAAGAUCGUUUUCACCAGAGUUGUAGACUCGUAAUGGGAGGUGGAGUGGCGAUGUUGGUCAGUGAGAUAUCCAAGAAACUUACAAAGGCUAUACUUUAAACUGAUAUAGAUAUGAUGUACGUAAAUAUUUUUUUGAGUAUAUUUUAUUGUCAGUAUGUAAACAGCUUGAAACGAAAUAGUACCAACAAAGGUUUCAUGUUAUACAUAACUUGAAGUAUUUUUGGUGUUUUAGAAACCGUUUGACUUGGAAAGCUGCUUGAUUCUUGUUCUCUUUGAACACUUAAACGGAUUUUUAGCUCGCCUUGCCUCUCGAAGAGAGGGGACGCUUAUGUUGUCAUGUCGGCAUCAGCGUUGGUUUUUAGUCCCCUUCUGGUGAAACCGGAGGAACUGUUGGUUUCCUCCCCGUCCGUCUGUCGGUCUGUCCACUCAGUUUUCCGCACUUUCCUCAGCCAUGCUUCAAGGUAUGUCGGUGAAAGUUAGCAUGUAACUACAGUAUGAGUAGCUACAUUUCGGCUUUCAGGGGUUUCAUAUCGAGGUCAAGAUCACUAUAACUAUUUUUAUUUGGACCAGUAGGGGACGUGUAUUACUUUAGCAAUACCAAGCAUGUUUUUUUUAAAUGUUAAGUUUUUGGUUCAAGUGUUGAAAGGUAUCAGUAAACUCUUUUUUUUAUUUCUACAGGUGUACUGGAGUUCUGAUAUUUGGUUUGAGGGUUGCUGUGGGGGUUAACUCCUACUUCUCGGAGUCUAAUGUUUUCAUAAUUAUGAUAAUUAUAAUGCUUACAAUUCAUUAAACGGGUUUUACGUCCGCUAUUACGGCAUUGCUUGCAAUGACACAUAACUUAAUUUAUAAUUUAUCUAUUUUACCUUUAAAUAUUGCGUCUAUUUUACCUUUGAAUAUUGCAAUAUGUUUCGUGAAAAUAUCGGUAUAUUGCAAAGUAGACUCCAGUUGGUGAACUCACACCCUAAUGCUAGUGGGAGUUAUAGUGAUAUACAAUGUGAGGCGAGCAUUUUACCUAAAACGGUACUCUUAUUUACUUAGUCUGUUGAUUAUUUUAUUAUAUUUAAUUUUUACCUUUGUCAUUAUAGUUAUUUUUACGCUACCCCAAACUGUAUUAGUCAAAAUUUAUAUAGAAUGAUUUUGACGUGAUUUUAUUGCUUUUCUUUGAGGUUUAAACACUGUCUCGUAAAUGAAACUAGAUCAAUGUAUAAUGAUUAAUUACCUGGGUGAGUAUGUUGACACAUGAAUUCGGCAUGUGAUGGAUGCAUUACAAGGUUGACAAUUGUACAUUCGAAUUGCCAUAUAAUUUUGUGAAAAGGUUGUGCAUCUAAACUAUAUCAAAGAGAUAAACAUUUUCAAUGUUUCUACUCAAAAUAAUUCAUUUAACUACACUCUUGUAUUAUCUAAUUGAUAUAUUUUGAAAAAGUCUUUUUGAUUUUUCACGAUGUUUUUGAGCUCUGAAAAUCGAUAAAACGAGGGGGAAAUAUGAUGAAGUGGAGAUCCUUGAUAAAGUACAAGGAUAAUUAGACCAGGUGUUCUGGAAGAGUAAGCGUCAUCUAAUCUUAGUGAAGUCCAUGUUAUGUCACGUACUCAAAAUGUGAACCAAGAUAAUCAAAUAAUGAUAUAAAGAUCGUUUUAACCAGAAUUGUAGACUCGUAAUGGGAGGUGGAGUGGCGAUGUUGGUCAGUGAGAUAUCCAAGAAACUUACAAAGGCUAUACUUUAAACUGAUAUAGAUAUGAUGUACGUAAAUAUUUUUUUGAGUAUAUUUUAUUGUCAGUAUGUUUCUAGAAUAGAAUUAUUAGAUUUUAAGUAGUGUUAAUGUUUGAUAACCAUGUAUUGAAAUCCAUGGAUUCCAGGACUGACACUGGAAGUUAAGAACCUUUAGUCAUCCUUAUACAAAUGAUUAUAUAUAUACAUUUCUAUUGCCUUUUGUUUUAUGUAUUGUUUUAGAAGUUUACGCGUGAUGUUAACUAAAGUUUUGAUUAAUAUAUAUGUAUAUUCUGUAAUGUUUUCAUUUUUAUUAUUUCGGUGCUGAAUUCACACGUGCUAUUUGAUGUUGUAUUUGAUUUAAUUGUUAUUUAUUAUUUGGUAGUUGUAUAAUUGCUAAUAUUAUAAUCUUUAUCCGAUAGAUCUGUAGGCAAAGUAGUUUGAUUGGAGUUACUUCCCUUGUUAUACGGGAUAGGCCUUAUGUUGCACCCCCUUUCCAUAUUGUAUUAUAUAACACUGUCUUUAUUGACUUGGUCCUGGUGACACUUCUGAAAAUUACAUAUAUGUUCAAAUCACUCAUAAGCAAUGGACAUUGAUAUGCUCAUCAGCACUUCAACAAUUACAUUUGUGCAUAGAGAAUACAUAUAUAAACAUGUACUUUAUAUAUACAGUGUAUAGAUUUUAUGACCUCAUUAUAACUGCUGUUAAAUAUAAUGUAUUUUUAUUGAUCAAAUCUGGAUUCUUUUCAUAUUAUAUUUUGACAUUGAUGUGUUAUUUUUAGAUAGCUAGUCUAUGCCAAUAUUACUACGCCAUAUAUUAUGUUAAAAAUGUCCCAACUUUAUAGAGAGUAUCUAAAUACAGUUGCUAUAUUUUAUCUUUUAUUGUGGAUCCGUGUUACCUUCAAACGCCCUUUAAAUCUUAUACAAAUGGGAUUCGAUGUAAACAUAUAUCUUCGAAUCCUGGUAACACGUUGAACGAACGUAACCUGAUAUAGACUAAAAGGGUUGCACGGUUUAACAUUUAAAAGCUAAAAUGCCAGAGUGAUCGACCAAAUACUUUAACUGGCAGCUGCGGUAGGCUUAUAUUAGCUAUAAUAUAUAAAUGUACAGCAUACAAUAUAAUGUGUCCGCUAUGAAAACUCUACACAUAUAUGAACUUAACGUACAGAAGAUGUUGAUAGUUUUAAAACAGCUUUAUAAAAUGUAUUUAACGAAAACGAUUUCUCAUUUAUGAUAAUAUAUAGAUCCAUGUAUAUGGUAAAUACGCACAUACCGUGUGUAUUAAGUACGACUUAAUACACCAAUCGUUGUCUGACCUUGCAUGGAAUUACACAUUUCCGUGAUUUCGUUGAUUCGAUGAUUUCUGUCUUAUUUACUUCAUCUGUGUAUAUUUCAUCCUCAUUUACAUUUUACUAUAUUUUUUAUUACACAUAUUCUGCAUGUAAGUACCGUAUUGCUAUUUUCGUAUUUGUUAGGAAUAUUCACUGUUUUUUGUUUUUUUUUGCCGAAUCCAUUGUUUAUUUUCUAGGUGUCUCCUGACCAUUAACAGUAUUCAUAGUUAAUAUGACACAUAUAGUGUAUAUCUUUAUAUCUAGAUUGCCAAGAAAAGGAAAUCUGUUAAAAGUUUUGUACAAUUGUUUGUUAUGGUGACUACUGUGGUUGUGUUUGUGUUUGUCGUCUCAUCAUGAAUGAUACACCACAAGCUGUUUAUAUAUUAUACAGUUCUUAUGCCUUAUUUUCUCCACUCAUCUAUAAAUAAAUUCCAAUGGUAAUAGCCUAGAACAUAUUUUUAUCCUUCGCCUGCCACUGUAUGUAUGAUUGUUUAAACAACCGCUUUCUCUUGUUGCAGUAACGCUGUGUUGUUAGUGUAUAUUUUUCUCUCCGAGCUUUUAUAUGGAACGUUUAUAUUCAUCAACCUACAAGAGAUUUCCAUUUAAUGUAUUGUUAUACAGCUUUUAUAAUUGAUACUUCACCUGCAGUAAUAAAGCAUUUGUCUCUAAAUUUGAGAUUCCUACCAUUAUUUGACUUAGAAUUUGUCUCUGAGAUUGCUACCAUUAUUUUUUACUUAGAAUUUGUUUCUGUAAUUCCUACCAUUAUUUGACGGUUAGAUUCCUACCAUUAUUUGACGGUUAGAAUUUGUCUCUAAAUUUUCCUAUCAAUAUGUGACUGCUAGGAUUCCAAUCAUUAUGUGGGUGUUAGCGUUGUCAUGUAACGCAGUAAUGAAUUGUCCUAUCAUCUCUAUUUAAGAAAUCUUUUCGCCGCAUUGUACAACACGAAAUCCUUCCCCGGCCAUAACGCCAAACACAGAGAAAAUAGCUUUUACCAUAUGGUAAGAAUCAUAGACUUAAGUUAACAACCAUCUGGGCAUACAAGCCACAGUGAAACAACUGUACCUAUUCUAUGUAUCAUAAUCAACGAUGAUAGUCCUGUGCACGCGUACCAGUCGCGUAGGACGCAUAACAUUUACACUCCCGUGUCUUUAGUAAGUGUAUUGUAUUCAGCAUAAAAAAAUACGGUCACGUAUCAUAUAUACAAACAUUGUUGAUGUAAUAUUGGAUACUGUUAAAGGCAGUUUUUUUAGUGUUAAAUUUUUGGAGUUUGAAUGAAAAAGGACCUUUUUCAUGGCAGUUAUGUAAUUGAUGGAAAAAACCCCACACCUUUGAUGUUUAUUUUGUUAAAACCUUAAAUACCAAAGUGACUUUUUAAAGUAAAUGCCAUAGUUUGUUUAUGUUUUCAUAUAUUUGUCGUACGCAUUCUGUAGUAGUAAAUUAUGUAAAUGAAUGCGUUAAUGUCGUUCAAAAGUGCUUUAACAUAACAAUAUACCAAACUAGUCUCUAUAGUAUAAUAUGUGUGAAUAUGUACACUGUUAUUAUUCUUAUACAUCAAACUUUGUAUUAAAAU